UGGGAUUGGCUGAUAGAGUCACCUGAGCGUUUGUUCUCCCGGGGCAACAUGGCGACGCCCAAGAAGUAACUUCAGAAACGUGUUCCGUUCAGGAUUCCUGGUUUGCUCUCGCUGUCGUUGCACCGGAAAAGAGCGCCCAGUCGCUGCCCAUUGGAAUUGCUCCGGGGUUCAAGUUCCCAUCUGCAGCUUCCGAGCCCUGUGUAUGGAGGGGACAAAGAUUCCUCCCCUCAAAGGUCCCGCCGCAGCUGAUAUGGAAAACGGGGCCCAUGCGGAGCAGCCCCCGCCUGAGGCGGAACCGGGGGAAACGGUGAUCUCCGAGGGAGCGGCCAGGAUUGUUUUUCCUAACAGCAAUGAAGUGUUUUACAACCCAGUCCAGGAGUUCAACAGAGACCUAACAUGUGCCGUCAUGACGGAGUUCGCGCGGAUGAAGCUCUCCCCCAAAGGGAUUCAGAUUGAGGUGCCAGGUGAGGAGAAGCUGCAGAAGGUGAUUGUGAACCUGGCUGAGUCGGAGAAGGAAAGCACGGAGCCCCCUCCCAGGGACCAGCCCCAGACAGCAGCCGUGGGGAAUGUCUGCGAGGGGGGGUUGCGGGUGUUGGAGGGCUUGGCAGCAUCGGGCCUGCGCUCCAUCCGCUUUGCCAAGGAGGUCCCAGGUCUCCAAGCAGUGAUAGCAAAUGAUGCCUCCGCCCGGGCUGUGGACCUCAUACGCUGCAAUAUCCAGCUGAACAAUGUUGGUCACCUGGUCCAGCCUAACCUAGCUGAUGCUCGCCUGCUGAUGUAUGAGCACCAAAGGGGAGCUCAGCGAUUUGAUGUCAUUGACCUAGACCCUUACGGAAGCCCGGCCACGUUCCUAGAUGCUGCAGUGCAGGCUGUGUCUGAAGGAGGCCUGCUAUGUGUGACCUGCACUGACAUGGCUGUGAUGGCAGGGAACAGCAGCGAGACAUGUUACAGCAAAUACGGAGCCAUGUCCAUCAAGAGCAAAGCCUGUCAUGAAAUGGCACUAAGAAUCGUGCUGCACAGCCUAGACCUUCGGGCCAACUGCUACCAACGCUACAUCGUCCCCGUGCUCAGCGUCAGCGCCGACUUCUACAUCCGGGUCUUUGUUCGCGUGUACACAGGCCAGGCCAAAGUCAAAGCCUCAGCCAGUAAGCAGGGAUUCGUGUUCCAGUGUGUUGGCUGUGGUUCCUUCCAUUUGCAAAGACUGGGCAAGGCAGUGAACAGUGGUGGACGGGUGAAGUUCUCUGCGGCCACAGGCCCCCCAGUGGGCUCUGAGUGUGAGCACUGUGGGCAGCGCCAUCAGCUAGCCGGCCCUCUGUGGGCAGAGCCCAUCCAUGACCUGGACUUCGUGGCUCAGGUCCUGGCUGCUGUCAGCAGGAACCCGGGGCGUUUCCGGACGUCUGCAAGGAUCCGGGGGGUCCUGAGCAUGGUCACUGAGGAGCUGCCCGACGUCCCCCUGUACUACACUCUGGACCAGCUGAGCAGUACCAUUCACUGCAACACACCCAGUCUCCUACAGCUCCGCUCUGCCCUCUUACACGCCGGCUUCCGAGUGAGCCUCUCUCACGCCUGUAAAAAUGCAGUGAAAACAGACGUCCCGCCCUCGGUGCUCUGGGACAUCAUGCGCUGCUGGGAGAAAGAGAACCCUGUGAAACGAGAGCGCCUCUCAGAGACCAGCCCGGCCUUCCACAUCCUCAAAGUCGAGCCCAGGCUCCAGGCGAACUUCUCCAUCCGGGACGAUGCUAACCCCAGCUCCCGACAGCAGGGACUCCAGCGAUUCCAGGCGAAUCCCGAAGCCAACUGGGGGCCAAAAGCCCGAGCCCGGUCUGGGGGGAAGGCCCCCUUCGAGCUGGUGGAGAAGCGGCGACAGCUCCAGAACAAACGGAAGGAGCCCAGUAAGGACCAGGGCACUGAGAAGCUCAAGGCCUUCCCUUGCAAGAAGUUCAAACAGGGAACCUGCUUUUUGGGGAAUGAAUGCUGUUACUCGCACAGCCCUGAGGAGCCCCGGCUCGAGCCUGAGCCCAGCCCGGAUUCCUUGUCUUGAGGUCCUCUCUGACUCUACUCCCUUUGGACUCAGAUAAUAAAGUUAAAGGACUCCCCCCUCCACACAA